AUGCUUUUGGCCAGAAGUUCGGAGAAAGCAUUUGCCAAGAUUUGGGCAGCCUGUGGCUUGCCAGAGAGACACCUUUCGGCAGACCUAGUGGGAGCUGUCUUCCUCGAGGGUCCGCCGGCACCGAUCCUCUCGGAACCGAAACGCUUGAGGGCUGCCGACACAUCGCUUUUUCAGCUCGUCUUCCUCGGAGCCGAUGGUUGCUUGGACAUUGAAAGCUUCGAGAAGCUGGAGGAUGCGAAAGCCACUCUGGCCGAGCUCAAAGUUGCCGCGACGAGCGAGGGCGGCGGUGUGAUCCUGAAGGGCGACGAGGUAGUGGCUGAAAAGCUUGAGCUCAAGUACAUGCUGAAGGAAGAUUUUGUGGAGUUCCUCCCAGAGGCGACAAAAGAGCCGAAGGUGGUCACAGUCAGCGAGGAGGACGAGCUCAAGGCCAUUGAGAUAGCCGCUCGGGAGAACUUGGAUAGGCUGAUCACGCUGGCGCCUGAGAUUGGCAAGCUCAAGGCCUACUACGCAGAGAAGGGCCUUGAGAAGCCAGAAGUUGUCAUUGGGAGACCGUCCGAAGCGCUGCAGGUGUUCUCCGAGCUGUUUCCCGAGUACGUGAGACUCGGCGGGUGCGUCGCCGAAGCCUGA